AUGGCUCGGCCUAUGUGGAUCUUGAAACUAGUCAGGCUGGAGAUACAGUUGUGCCUGGCCAUAUUUCUGUUAUCUGUCAGGGCGGAACGCAGCAUCAAGUUCAUAGCCGGCGAGAGCAAGUUCAACCGGGAAUAUUUCGAAAACUUUACAUUCACCAUUCGCAACGACAAGAUCUUCCUGGACAUGUACCUGCGAAAGCCACUGCUCAGGGGCUGGAGGGCCAGGCUGGACUUUAGAACUCGCGUGGGCAACUCGAAGAGCUUCCAGAGCCUCUUUUCUACGAACGUUGACGUAUGCAAUAUUGUAAACGCGGCCAAGAUGAACCUGUUUAAAAAGUGGUACAAAAACCUGCUCAAGUACGGAAACUUCCUGCGGCAGUGUCCUUUGAAUGCGAGCCACUACUAUCUGAGGGGCUGGCAGUUCGGCGAGGGCCUGGUGCCGCCGUUCAUAACGAGCGGAUCGUACCGAUUGGAGACCUACAACUUUUUUGGAAAGUACAAGGGCAAAGACGAGGACUUCAUAAUGAGCUGCACGGCCGAUGCUGUCAUACAUAUCUGA